GCCGCAGCUGGCAUCAUGAAGGCCUGCGUCUCCCUGAUAGUGGCCAUGCUCUGUGGUUUGGCCUGGGCUGACCUGUACGCUGCACCAAACUCCUGCCAGGGCCGCUGCCGGGAAGCCUACGACAAGCACCAGCCUUGCCACUGCAAUGACCGAUGCCAAGAGUUUGGGAACUGCUGUGAAGAUUUUUACAGCCUGUGCAGUAGCCAUGAGGGCUUCUCCCACCGCAGCGAUGCUGUAACCAACGAGGACCUUCAGAGUAUCUCUGAGACCAUCUACAGGGUAGACACCAAUAAAGCCCACAAGGAAGACAUUGUCCUCAACAGUCAAAACCGUGUCUCCCCAUCAGAGACAGGGAACCAAGUGGACCGCUGUCCGGAGCCGCUUUUCACUUACGUCAACGAGCAGCUGUUCACCAAGCCUACCUACGCAGCUUUCAUCAACCUCCUCAACAAUUACCAGCGGGCCACCGGCCGUGGGGAGCACUUCGGUGCCCAAGAGCUGGAGGAGCAGGCUCUCUUCCUCAGGGAGGUCAUGAAGACAGCUGUCAUGAAGGAGCUCUAUGGUUUUCUCCAUCACCAGAACCGCUACAGCUCAGAACAAGAGUUUGUGGAUGAUUUGAAGAACAUGUGGUUUGGGCUGUACUCGAGAGGCAACGAAGAAAGAGAUUCGAGUGGCUUUGAACAUGUCUUCUCAGGUGAAGUGAAAAAGGGCAAGGUCACUGGCUUCCACAACUGGAUCCGCUUCUACCUGCAGGAGAAGGAGGGUCUGCUUGACUAUUACAGUCACAACUACGAUGGGCCUUGGGAUUCCUACCCUGAUGUGCUCGCCAUGCAGUUCAACUGGGACGGCUACUACAAGGAAGUGGGCUCAGCUUUCAUUGGCAGCAGCCCUGAGUUCGAGUUUGCCCUAUAUUCUCUGUGCUUCAUCGCCAGGCCAGGCAGAAAGUGCCACUUAAGCCUGGGUGGCUAUCCUCUGAGCAUCCAGACCUACACGUGGGAUAAGACCACCUACGGAAAUGGCAAGAAGUACAUUGCCACAGCCUACAUAGUGUCGUCUACCCAAUAGAAUUUGCAGCCAGAUGGGCUACGAGGGCAGGGGGCCAAGCUGGAUCCAGGUGCUAUUUGCUCUUUACUGGGAAGGGAAGGGAAGGGAAGGGACGAGUCUGGGAGGAACCCCAAACCCCAGUUUUAUGAAAGAGAUCUCAACUCUAGAAAUGCCCAUGUGGGAGAGAGAAGAAAGGAUACAAUUAGAAAAAUAUGUAGAGAAUCAACCAAAUCUUUGUUGUUUUAUAUUCUAGCAACAUGAACUAAGAAAUAGAGCCCCUGUCUGUCUGGCAAAGGUAGCAGCCCUCGAGAGUUCUUUAAAGUGUAGUGGGACCAUGAGCAAGUCCUUGGCCUCAUAUUUCCCUUUAAUGUGAAGGGGAGGGUCUUCCACCUUUCCUGCGUGGGGCUUGGGGAGAGGGUGAUGCGGACAGUAUUAUGAUUGUGAGGUGUCUUCAGGUGUUUGUAGGAAGAACCAGUGGUAGAAAUUCGGGGUUUCCAAAUGGCUGUCUCUGCAACUGAGACUCAGCCUUGUGUUGGGCCCCAAAGAAGCAGGUCUUAGACCCAAGCAGGAAAGUCUUAGAGAGUCAAAUCCAUGAGAGUGUGGAGUCAGGGGUUGCGCGGUUGUAAGUGGGCUAGGGCAGGUGGCCUCCUCCAUCCUAGAUGUCUGUGUGGUCACGUGAGCAUCUGCUUCUAGAAGUUUCCCCCUUGCAGACAUUUAGUGCAGUAACAGACAUGUGUUUUGAUCCCACAUAGAGCUUUGUUUUGUUUCAAAAGAACAGCCCUCAUAGGAGGAAGAUUGAGCAUCCAAGGAAGAAAAGACUCUCUCACUUGGUGUCCCUGGCAAUUAUACUAAGGUUUAUCCAGCUGCCAGAAUUUGGAACAUCCUAGGCUGGUAGAAGAGGGACCCUGGGGCUCCUGUUUCCAUCUCUAUGAUGUAUUUGUUGACCCCUGAUGCUCAGGAUCCAGGUGUGGCUCCACAGAGCCAGCCUUGUACCACAGCUUAGAGGCAUCAUGUUUCCAAUUAAAGGCACUGGAGAAAACCUGAAAUGUGUUUCAUCCUUGUAUAUGUUGACUCUGAUGGUCUUCUGGCCUCCUCCCUGGAGCAGGAGUGGAGGUCUUUGCAGUCUGGAUCACAGAGUGUGGGCUUGGGUGAAGCCACUGAGGCUCAGAAGACUCUGUAGCCAGGAGGAAGAAGAAUUCUUCCUGGUACACCUGUAACACAAGUAAAGGGCAUCACACAUGGGGUGAGGGAAGAAUGGAGACCGAGGGCUUCAGCCCCAGUACCAGUCCCCUUGAUCACACAUGGGAGGGGCAGAAGGACACUGGGAAACAGCUCAGAAGGUUCCUGAGUGACUUCUCGCAGAUUCUUCAGGCUACCAUUUGAGGAAGAUAUCAGGCAGGACUAACUCCCAGAAGGCACAGACCUGGAUGGAUAAAGCAGGUUAUCCUGCCCUCCCCAGGAGUGUUCCUGAGCAAGAGAAGGGUUAGUGGGACACAAGGGUCAAGGUGCAGAUACUGAAGUCAGGUUGUAUGUGUCCAGCCAGGGUCUGACCACAUGGGCAAAUUUCUUGUUCAGAUCAGCAUCUUCAACAGUAACAAGAGGAAGCUACUAACUAUCAAUGUGAAAUUAGCAAUGUUGUUUGUAUAUUUUGUAUUAUAUGGAAUAAGAUGUUAUUUUUGUAGCAUGUCAUUCUUCUAAGCAUUCUUUUCCUUCCUUCCUUUCCUUUUUUAAAAAAUAUUUAUUUAUUUAUUUAUUAUGU